UCCUGUAUUGUACAGAAUUUAUAAAAACACAACAAACCAGACAUGUUCUUUUAUUAGUCCUGCAUACAUUAGUAUUACAUGUAUGUCUUCUUUUUAGAUACAUAAAACAAAAUUCAACCUUUUUGAGCAUCUUGACAGGUCAUCCAGUGCCUCAUUGCAGGUUACUGCCACACCUGAGUUAAUGUUCACCUGAGUUAACAUUUCCACACCUGAUUUAAAGUUUUAAAAAGAGUUAGAGUUAGAAAUAGCCUGCAGGGAUGUAAAAAAAAAAAAGAGCUACAUGACCAGGAGCAGCUAACAGACAGCAGAAUUGCAGCAGAAAGGCUAGCUUGAUUAGUGGAACAUUGAGACCAUUAGAAAGGAGAGAGGGCCAUUAACACCUUUGGAAUGAAGAGUUUAGAAGGAAUCAGGUAGAUUACAACAUACCAUGAACUCAUUUGACUGCUCCAAUGCUGCCUGAAUAGAAAUGUUGCUACCACUGCCAGGCAGUUGGUUUUAAACUUUGUGGGGCCAGGAACCAAAGAGGGGGAUGCAGCUGUACCAAUGUACCCACCCUGGACCUGCCCCUGUAUAGACACUUCUGCUUCAUCUCCAGGGGACAUAAUCUAGAGCUUGUUUAUUCAAGGUUUGGCUUCUUUGUGGAAUUUGAAAACAAUUUACCAUUUUCUGCUAAUUGCAGUGCUAGAAUCCUGGUCCCACUGAAGUCAACAGGGAAAUUUGCAACUGACUGUGCAUGAACCAGGAUUUCACUCUCAGCAAAAACUUUUGUCACUUUAGCCACAACCAAUGCUUUAAGGGGAAGUUAACUUUCAUUCUUUACCAGCUGGAAGCCUUUAGCUCUCUCAAGUUAGAGGGAGAAAAGCUCCCAGGCUCAUUACAAUCCUCUAAGUUUAACAGCAUUUCCUUGGAUAGCAACAUUUUUUACAUUGAAAAAAAAUACUGUUUGUGCUAAGUUUCAGGCUGAUGAACUCAGAAGUAGGUAAUGCAUGAAAUAGCAGUAUGGUACCUUUUCUUCUAGCUUCUAUAUUUGAAUUUCAGACUCUUUUUUUUUUUUUCCUUGCUUUUAUUACCAGGUCCUUUUUGGCAUACACAAAUCAGAAGUUUUCAAUUUGUUUGGAGGUAUUUCAAGCCAGCUUCUAAACAGACAACUACUCGCAGCUUUCUCUGAGAGGCUGAACAAUAAUGGGAUAAGUAAAGGAACCACAGAUGAAGAAGACUUCUUUCUUUUAAAGCAACAUGUUGUAAAUCAACCAGUUAAUCCUUUGCCUUCCUAUAAGAUUGUCACUUUAAUUCAGCCUCAGCUUAUCUUGCUAGAGCCAGAAAGCGGCAGAACACCUGAUGUCAGAUCAGAGUCUGUUUUCCAAGUGAACAAAGUGCUGAGUAUGAAUUACAACAGGGUAAACGAUGCUUUUCUUUCUAACAGUGUUUGCCAUCUCGUGAAAAGACGUGCUUCUGGCAAAGAUUCUGCAGCCCCAGAGGAAACUGCUGCUGAUCAGGCAAUUGCCAUUUUCAGACCUCAGGGUGAAAACUAUGACCUGGAAAAAUGUUUGCAGAAUAAAAUAGCUACACAAAAAAGCACAGAUGAAAACAAAAAAACAGAUAAAGAAGCAACUGAUGAAAAGAUUCAGCAUAAAAAAUUUACAGGGAAAUCUGAGAGAGAAGAGGAAGGGGAUGAAAAAGCACAAAAGAGAAAGUUAGUAUGUGUUCCCGAAGAAGCCAGCAUAGUUUUAAUUAACAUUACAUAUGAUGAAACUGAGGAGAAAGUUGGAGAUUCAGAAUUUCAUAUACACGCCAUUCAAGAUGACCAAAAUAUAGACAACUGCCUUAAGGAAAUAGAGGAGGAGUCCCAAGAAAAUCCUGCACUUAAGGAAGAAGAUAGAAAACAUUUAGAAAUCUGCAUUUCAGAAAAAGUGAAUGAAGAGUGUUUAGAAGAGAACAUUAGGGUGACAGAGGAGAAGGGAAAACAACCAGAGAAACUAGUGGAUCAUAUAGAAGCAUAUUUACAAAGAAAUGCUGGACUGAAAAAAGAGAGUGAGCAAUCCUUGAAACUGCGUAAACUAGAAAACAAGAGAAAUGCAUCGUACAAACAUAUGGCUGCUCAGAGGGAGGAAUGCUGUAAAAAUUCUCAGAAAUUGUCUCUACCGAAGGAAGAUAAAUGGCUUUAUCCACUGACUAUAUUGUCUCCUGGGCACGAGAGCAGUGCGUGCUUGAGUAAAGAUUUAGCAGUAGAGGAAGAUUAUAAUAAAUACGUUCUUUAUCCAUCAGCAGCAGAAGUAAACAAUGGAUGUGCCUCCCAAAUACAUAGGUUAGAAGAAGUAGUGGAUGUAUAUUCCCAGAGAAUAUCUACACUGAUGCAGGAGAAAGAAGAUUACGUACAGAAACUCUGCAUGUUACAGAAAGAGUCUAAUGAUUAUGCUCAAAAGAUGUGUGCACUAGAAGAGGAGAUAGAUGCAUAUUCUCAAUACAUAUUAGUAACGGCCGAAACCAACAUUCACUCUUCUAAGCAGUUACCUGGCAAUGUGGAUUUGGGUGAUAAAUAUAACAAUAUCUUGGAUGAGAGUGAAACCUUUUCCAAGAAUCUCUCUCAUGUAGAUAAAGAGGAAGAUAGAAGUUCUGUUAAAGAAAUGCCAGUGAGUGAAUCAAGCAAACUUUUCAAGAAUUUUUUAACCCUCAAUGAAAAGAAAAUAAGGUAUUUCCAGUUGCUUUCUACUCUCAAAGAGGAGAGAAAUAGGUACUUCAAAGAAAUAGCUAAACUAGUGCAAGACAGAGAAAAGUAUUUAGAAAAAAAUCAUGAGCUGGAAGAAAAAUGUGAGGGAAAUUUGCAAAAAAUAUCUCAAUUAGAAGGAGACAAAAAUACUUUGUUGGAAAAUGUGUCUGAACUAACACGUGAGCAAGAGAAAUGCAUUACAAUUAUUUCUGAACUCAAAGCAUGUAAAACUAAAUCCUACCAAACCAUCUCUGAUUUACAGGAGGAAAAACUUGUACUGAAAAAAGAUAUGGACAGAAUCCAGAAAGAAACUUCAGAACAGCUUCUAGAAUAUCAGAAAGCAAAUGAGAACCUUACUUUAGAAAACAGAGAAUUGAAAGAAUUAAUAUCUGAUGUGGGGAUCAGCUAUGAAAAGCUGAAAAAAGAUAAAAUUCUGGGAAGAAAAGGAAACAUGCAAAAUCUGAGUCAAGAAAAUAAGAGUCUACAACACCAAAUGCAGGCAAAAGAAAUGGGAACAGUGAUUAGUAAAGCACAUAUGGAAGAGAAAGGGAUUCAGAUUGGAGAACCCUCAAAUGAUCUCACCAGAAAACAGAAAGGUCCCUAUCUGGAGAAGGGCAGUGCACCUGAAAGUUAUAGUGUGAUGCAAGAACUGGAAAGGGCCAAGGAGGAACUAAAAAUACAACAAACAGAAUUAGAGAAGGCAAAAAAAGAGGCUCAGAAAUGGUACAGAGAACUUGGCUUUGCAGAUGCCAGAUAUGAAGAAGUCAAAACUAAUUUGACACAGACACUUUCUGAAUUAAAUCAACUUAAGCAAGCAAAUGGAGCUAAAAUGUUUAGAAAGCAAUGCUGCACAUUAAUGACUGAACACGCUGUAAAUGAAACCCAGGACUCGAAGGAGGAUAAAAUAGCCCAAAAGAGAUUAGAACAGCAAGUGCUGACCUUGAAAUCACAGCUCAGGGACCAGGCCAUGUUACAAACUCAGUUUCAAGAUUUGCAGAGGGAAGUGGAACUUCUUCAGGUUCAGCUCAGUGAAAAGACAGAGGAACUACAGAAAAAAAAGACUGAGGCUGACCUGACAGUAGCUCCCCUGAAGGCUAAGUUGGCUUGUCUUGUCCGCAAAUGCCAUGAAAGAAACAGUUUGAUUACCCGGCUGGUCAGAAAAUUGCAUAGACCUGGAACUAUGGAUUCUGUUUUAAGUGAAGAGGCAAAGGAUUUGGUGAAUGAUACUGUCCUUGCAGACUAUUUGUUCACCUUCACACCUGCACAUGAUCAAAAGAGAGCAUCCCAACAAAUUAUAGUGCCUGAAAAGACGGAAUACAAUCAAGCCUCACAGACUUCCUUGCCUUCUGAAGAGGACCAUGAUUUGUCUUUGUGUGGGUCGCUGAAUUCCAGAGUCUGCACCACUGCGGCUAACUUUCAGCCAUUGCAAGAGAUGCCUCAGACUGCGCCUCCUGUAUUACUAUGUUCUGAUGCAGAUACUUCAUGGGUCAAUGGACUGCCGCAUAAUCAUGGGAUGUACCAUGCUGAAGUGACUGAGGAGGAGAGGCCAUCUCCUGGCAGCUUUCAGCGGGAAGCAGAUGACAUCCACUGUUUUCGCACCACUCGAAUCAAAUGCACUACUUCUCCUUUAAAAUUAACCAGCCCAGAGAGGAUUAUAGCAUUGCAUCGGGAACUUAGACAAAACCAUCGCAGUAAUUACCAGAUACCUCCAUUUAACUCUUUCAGUUCAAAUUUGAAGGCUGACUGCAGUUUGUGGUCUCAUGGCCAAGAUGCGACUUCCUGGGACACAAGGUCAAAGGUGAACAAUACACUGAAUUUUUCAGAACGUCGCCCUUCCCAUGCCAUAAAGGAGAGGGACCAUUUGUUACAAUGUGAUGACGUAUUCCAGAGUCAAACAGGAAAUCAGCAUGCAGGUGCUGUUCCCCAGGGAAGGAAAAAGAAAAAUGCCAUUAUGAGUAACACGUGGAUCUCUAGAGAAAAAACAGAUGGCUCAAACUCAGCUACCGCAGCAAAAAGCUAUUUGUCAGACAUGUUGUCAGCAAGUAAUAAAGGUCGAAAUCCUGUGGGGAAGAAAUCAGAUGCACUGGAAAGAGUAAAAUCCUCAGAAAUGAAGCAAGGACUGCCUAUACCAGUUGGUUUGGUCAACAUUAUUAAAACAAUAGGAGAAAGUACCAUGUUACUUGGUUGGGAGAGGCCAGUACUUGAUGAAUUAGGAUGUAGCAAUGGACAUUUCAUUACAGGAUACAGGAUAUGUAUCAAUGGGAAAUUUCAUAAGUUUGUUGCGAGUUCAGCAUGUACCAAGACCAUCUUAGAAAAUCUUGAUCUCUCUGUGCCAUUUCAAAUCAGUGUUCAGACUGUGGGCUCUUCUGGUUUGGUUUCUGAGAAGAAGAAUGUUCAAUUCAGUUGUCCAUUGACAGACAAGGAAGCUGCUUCGUUUGCAUCUAGUGAUUACUCUGAAGAACAAAAGCCUGAUGUCAGCUCUCAGGAGGUAGUAGCAACAACAUGUAUUACAAAUGGCAAUUUUUUAUCCUAUGGGCCAUCUUGUCCUGAAAAAGUUGUUAUUGUCUUCAUGACAAGCACCUGUUUAACUUUGUAGUUUAAUGAGGAGACACUGUAAUAGGAAAGACCCUGUAGAGAAUUAUUAAUACAAAACAUUAAAGUACUUCUAUGGAAAUUAAAAGCAGUCUUCUAAUCUUAUAAUGAAUGAUAUGAAAGCAUCAUAUGAAAUUGGUAUCUUAAAUGUGUAGAGACAGUUGCAAAGCAACAGAAUGAAUUCCCAGUCUACAUUUACAUGAAAAUACUGCAAGCGUUAAUUAUAAUGGAAGCAGGGAUUGUGGGUGUUUGCAGGGCUAGCUCCUUCCCAAUAUCUGGGUCCAAAUUUACUCAGCUGAGUUGAAGAUGGGACGGCCUUAUAUCCUACAAAUUUUUAGGAAUGGAGAGGUGAAAAGCAAUCUUGGAUCAGGUGACUGUGAAGACUAAUUGACUUUACUGUACCAUGGAAUGUAUUAGUAAGGUGCUAUUCAGCUCUAAAACAAGUAUCCUCAUAGGAACUGAGCGAGAUGAAAUCCAAGGGCUCAUGGAUUAGAACUAUACAAAACUAAAAGUCUGGAUAUUCUUAAACAGCACUAUAACAGAUGCAGGAUUUCACUGAGAGAACAUAUAAAUGGAACCAAGGUCCUUUUACAUGCAAGAGAGAAGAGGGUUGGUCAUGGAGUUGACACAGAUUCUACUACAAAGGUGCUCUCAGAUGGCAAAGUUGGAAUAGAGAUUUGGAACUGAAUCCGCCUUUCCCAAUCCACGUGAGCUGUUCAUUAUGUAACACAAUAUGUUA